CUCCUUCCAUCUUUGUGCUACAGGCUAACGUGCUAAGCGAGAGGCUCUCCAUCAGAAGGAGGCGGAGAAGUCUGCAAGCAGCGGAGAGAGGCAGUCAAAUCACAGGACUGAACCCUCCCAGGGGAAUCGGGAAGCUCUUCCACACAGGAAACCGCUAUUAGAAAGCCUGUAUAAUGUCCGACUUUGACAGCAACCCGUUUGCAGACCCGGACUUCAGCAAUCCCUUUCAGGUAGCUAACUGAGCUAGCUAGCAGCUUCACUACUGCACGCUUUAAAGCCCAAUCAGGCCAAUGUUACUGUAGCAUCCCUGCUAACUGUGCUAACUAGCAUCUGGAGGUCUUACAUGGUAGCGGAAUGAGCGCUUCUUCACUGCCAAUAUUUAUCUCCAUCUUUGCGCAUUUUGGCUGUUUACCUUGUGAAUGGAGUAAGGGAGGACUCUGUGUCUCUAAAAUGUUGAUAAAGUGUAAUUUCCGCGUUGCAUUGAAGAGUAUUGUAAACUCAGAACAAAGACACAUGAUGUUAGCUGGCUAGCUCUGCUGACAGUAAACAUUGACACCUGCUAGCUUGGUAAACAGCUAACCGGCUGGUUAGCAUCGGUCAAUUUAGGUACACUGUGUGCCUGUAAUAAAGGAUAAAGGGAUUUAAACCUCAUAUUGGAUGAUUGUACCGUCUCAGAGGUGCUCAAACAUAAACCCUAUUUAAACAUUAGUGCUUACUGAACACGUCGUCGUCGGAAAUGUUUGUUUAAAUUGUCGUCUGACUCCGACAUCGAAGGAAAAUCAUUUAGUAAACAUCCACAUUGAUAUUGUCUGAUCAUUAAGACAAAGUUAUAUUAAUCUCUUUUUGAACAAAGGUGGUGUGUGGUAGGUUUUAUUCACCCAUGUUAGCUCCUACCUUGUAGAUGCCUGACACCAGGAGCUGCUGACUCUAUUGGUUAACAUCCAAACUGAACACCUGUACAGGUGCAGAUUUAAACAUUGAGCCCCUCCCCAAGAGGGUGUGUCGUUCGGUGGGUGGGGUCGUGGUUUGAGGGAAAACCUGGAUCUUGGCAUCUGGUGGGUUCCGUAGACCUCUACCAGGUUGGGCUGUGAUACCAAACAUGAAGUUAGAGGCCUAGUCAAGGUUUUUUCAGCCCCAGAUCCCAUUCAUAGUUUUGUAGUGAUGGGCACAGCAGUUCUUUUAGAUGUACUGAAUCACUAGAAUUAGUUCAAAAGAUUCGUUCACCGACUCAUUGAGCGCUUGGCAGGAAGAGCCUGCGACUCUGACCUCCUGAACUGAUACACAGCUGAACGGUUCAGGCUUCAGUUCAGAUCAUAGCUUCUGGGACUGGGAGACAGGAGUGUUUGGCUGUGUUGCUUUGGCAAACAGGUUUGUUAAAAUGAACUUGUUUAUAAUUCAUGAUAGUGUACUGUCCUAUGGUAUGCUAUUUAUCAAGUCUGCUCGGUAAAUUGGGCUCAGUGAGUAAUCUGUUCACUGAGCGUUUCGAAGAAUUCACACUGAACAUGCACCGUUUCCUUGCAAACCGCUGCAAUGAUAGGAUGCUGUGGGUUUAAUGCACCACUUGUUACAUGCUGUGUUAGAUGGUAUGCAAGUUGUUGUGGUGGCAAUUGAGCAGUGAAAAAAAAAAGAAGUUAGGUUUGGCCGACAAAAAUGAUUCCGGAGAGUGUAGUUCACUGCGUGAUUCGUUUACCAAGUGAUUCAGGUAUCGGUGCAUACGGUCCCUCGUUCGCCAGCUGCUCGCCUGGGAAUGCUGCGUACUAUAGCAGCUACACUGCUGACAGCUCAACUAAAGUGAGAAACAAACAAAUUGCUUGAGGAGGUGAUUUGGUUCAGCGCGUUCACUUAAAAGAUUCGAUUCCUUUGACCGAAUCGUUUGCGAACGACACAUUACUAUAGUUUUGAAUGAAAGUAAUUAGGUGAACUUAUGUAGAAGAGGAGUCAAAUCCCAACUAAACAAAGCUACUCUUGUAAAGUUGGAUAUACAUUUGCAGGUUUGGCUUUCUCAGGUCAAUAACUCAAGGGGGAAAGAUUGGCUUUACAAAACCUGCACCUCUUUCAGUCUUAUUAGGAAAGCUGUGAGCUACAACAUGGUUAUCACGGGUAAAAGCUGUCAUGCAAGCUAUCACACACCGUAACCUAAUGUAGGAGGCCAUCUACAAAGUGUUAUACUGGAAAAUGUGCAAUAAAAUAUACAAUAGCUUCACCCUGGAUUGAUAUAGUCAAUGAAGCCUAGCUCAGGGUUCAUGUCGUCAGUCCCACUCUCUCCCCACCUCCCAGUUUAAAGCUAAUACUCAGUACUCUGUACAGUAAGUUUUAGACAAAGUACUUUUGCUUCUCCUUAAGUAGAACAUGCUAGAAUCCCACCUACGAUACCCUACAAUAACAGUUUGAAACAUUAGCAUUAAUAGUAGCAUUAGACUACCCACAUACAGUAUGGACAAAGAUGAGUAGUAGAUGUGUGGUGAAUUGAUGUGUUACACACAAAUCACAAGUUUUUGAUUUUGUGGUUGUAGUUUUUACAUCCUGAAACCUGUUGUGGUCAUCUCUGUCCCAUAGGAUCCCUCAGUGACGCAGGUGACCCAGUCUGCCCCUCCUGGUGGUCUGGAGGAGUAUAACCCUUUCACAGACGCCAGAACGGUCAGCUUUUCUAGCAAUGCUUUUGACAUGUGUUUGUCUGCUUCUGAGUUUCUGACCUGAUUUCAUUCAGUUUCCUCUCUCUCUCUCUCUUCCUCCACCUCUCAGUCACAGAGGAUUUCACAGAUAAAAUAUGACUGUGACCCAGUUUAAGUUUUGAUUCAGGGUCUGUCUCUCGGAUUGCAGAAUUAUUAACAUAGCAGGUCUGUGCUGGUUUGUAGGCAGCGCCCGGAAAUGCCCCCAAAUCUGCCCCUCCCCCUGCCCAGAACACACAACCUGCCAUCAUGAAGCCCACAGAAGAGCCACCAGCUUACUCACAGCAACAGACUCAGGUACAUAAAUUUUUGACUUGUCUGAAGUUCAUAAAACAUCCUCUCAAUGUCAGUGUUCACUUUAAAUACUUUCUUUUCUGAGCUUUUCUUUCACUUUUCCUCUCGUCCCUCAUAAACUCAUCUGUUUUUGUUUUCUACUGGCCCGCAGCAGCGUAAUGAGGUACUGUCUAUCACCUGAUGUUCCAUUCAUCUCACUGUCUUGAUGUGUGUGAAUUCAUUUAACACCCUUUCCCAACCUAUAGCUCUCCUCUUGCAUUAGUGAGAGAACAUUAACUUGUUGAUUUUCCAAUCCUAACCCCAGUUUUCUUUUCUCAAACUAACGCUCUUAAGUUCAUCUGAGUGGAAUAACAGUCCCAUUUCCUACUUGAUUGGAUAGUAUAACUCCUGUCAAAUGCUAAAUGCCGGUUUGUCUGUGUUAGGACCAAGCGCGUGCUCAGGCUGAGUUGUUGAGAAGGCAGGAGGAGCUGGAGAAAAAAGCAGCAGAGCUUGAUCGCCGGGAGAGAGAGUUACAGUCUCAUGGAGCUGCAGGAGGUUGGUCUGUCUGUUCACCUGCUCGCCUGAUUAACCCCCAAACUCUGAAUGUUACAGACACCAUGGAUCUUUGAUAUGAUUUACUAUGAACCAUUAAUAAAACACUCAAUUUAUUAAAAUUGAAUGUGCAUAAUGUUUGCUAUCAGAGUUUAUCAAUACUCCGACCAUUUUCCAUAGCUAUGCUGGUAAUUUCCCAGUAAAGUCAAAAGAAUGACUCAAUCAUAUGCCAGUUCGGUCACACCCAUACCUUCCUUAUUGUAAAAACUCACAUGAUGCCCAGCUGCUCAUCCAAACUCUUGUGUCCUACAUACACACAGGUCGUAAGAAUAACUGGCCUCCAUUGCCAGAGAAGUUCCCCGUAGGGCCCUGUUUCUAUCACGAUAUUGCAGUGGACAUUCCUAUCGAGUUUCAAAAGACUGUCAAGAUCAUGUACAACCUUUGGAUGUGUAAGUGAGCCGCCCAAAAUGAUCAUUUCUUUUAAAUGAAUUUGCCUCAACACUUUUUUUUCUAGUUGGUGGGUUAAGAAUGGAAAGGCACCCUGAUUUCUUGUCAAAAAGAUAUAUGUGUUUAAUUUGUUGUCAUCUUAUUGUUUCCACCAGUUCACGCAGGCACACUCUUCGUGAACAUGUUCGGCUGCCUGGCCUGGUUCUGUGUGGAUACAACUCGUGGCGUAGAUUUUGGUCUGGCCAUGCUCUGGUUCCUGCUGUUUACUCCGUGUUCUUUUGUCUGCUGGUACAGACCGCUUUACGGGGCUUUCAGGUAUGAACACUCAGGGAGAAUAAAAACUAACCUCAUCAGCAGUAGAAAAAAAGCAAACAGAAAAACAGUCUCUGACCUGAUUACUCUCAUGUAAGAGGGUGGAAAUAAGCACUCAGAAAAACAACAUUUAGGACUAGAAUAAAACAAGUUUUUCUUGCUAAUUUCCUUCCCCACAUUGCUCCCUCAGUAACCGCUUCCUCUGUUUCUAAUAUAGGAGUGACAGUUCAUUCCGCUUCUUUGUCUUCUUCUUCGUCUAUAUCUGCCAAUUCGGAGUUCAUGUUCUACAAAGUAUUGGCAUCACCGGCUGGGGGACAUGGUGAGCAUUUGAUGCUUUUGAUGGUGAAGAACCCCAGUGAGUGUGCACUUCGGUUCAAUCCUAAUGUCUUUGUGGUCUCUUUGCAGUGGUUGGAUUGCAGCCUUGACUGGUCUGAACACUAGCAUCCCAGUGGGCAUCAUCAUGUUACUGAUCGCAGCUCUGUUCACUGCACUGUCUGUGGGCUCGCUCAUCAUGUUUAAGAAGGUGAGGCAUUCACAAACUUGAAACAUUUCAUUUCAUUAAUUUAGAUCUCUAUUAGCUUUGGCUAAGGCCAACAAUACAAACAACAUACACAUAUUACUGGACCUCAUUCAUUUCCACAGUGUAGCUAUAAAAUAAUCAGAUGAUCAAAUAUCAACAUUCAUUCCACAAAAUUGCAUUAAUUUACAGAAACAGUACCCAAUACAUAAGCAGACUUCAGAUAUUUCAAGUGAAUCAGACAAACACUGAUUGAUUGUACCAAGUAGCUUCAUCUAAAUAAGGAGCUGUUUGACUGAUAGAUGUUCUUUCAGUAGAUCUUUAAAUCUGUAUUUGUUGUGUUCUUGGAUAAUAUGUCCUGACAGAGCAUUCCAUGUCACCAUGGCCCUAUACAUUACAAACAGUGCUGUCAUGUUGAUGAGUUUAAUAGAGCAGGCAUCAGAAUGGAAUCUGAGCAUUAGAGACAGACCAUGAAAAUACGGCCAGAGCAGGUGAAAGAUCAAAUUAUCAUUUAUCAAUAUUAAAAAUUACAUAUUUGUCUCAUCUGCUUUCUGAUGAUUAUCCAAUGAUGAUGCUGUGUCCUAAUUGUUUAUUGCUGAAGCAUUGUGAUUUGCCAGAAAUAAAAAAUUAGACUACAUCCACGUGACAUAUUUUGUUUUUAUUUUUGCUGUCCACACAAGAAUGUAGCAAACACAGUUUUUAAGAACCUCUAACUAAAUCAAUUUUCAAUGAUCUAUAACAACUGUUCAUGUGUAGAUGGGCCUAAAUUACUGACCUUUUGGUUGAUUUGCAUCAACGUCUCCAACAUGUUUCCUUUUCUGCUCCCUCCAGGUGCACGCACUGUAUCGUACCACUGGUGCCAGUUUUGAGAAGGCACAGCAGGAGUUUGCCACUGGGGUCAUGUCUAAUAAGACCGUUCAGACUGCAGCCGCCAACGCUGCUGCUAAUGCUGCAUCCAACGCUGCUCGAGGAGCCUUCAAACCUCAGCCAUAAACUCACACACACAUGCAAACUUGCUCUUUCAGUCAUACAAGCUUAUACACACACACCAACACACACACAAAGUUGGAGGUGCACAACUCUGGCCCUGCAGGCAAUCAGAUCAAAUCGAUUCUAUGAAUGAGUGUUGUUUUAUUGAGAUUUCUCUGCACAUUUACCCUUAAGGUGCAAAGAGUUAGAGGCAUUAAGAACAAAGAAGUUAAUCAAAGUGACCAGAGUUGUCCUCCUUCACUUUAAAAACAGGUUCCAGUAAGAAAAAAACUCUCCUACAUCCUUCCUUUCUGCUUUUCAGCCAGAUGACUGUCUGCUCACAACCCUUGAAACAUCCACUAAAGUGACUUAGUCUAUGUCUGACCGGGUGGCCUGCUCUGAGUGAGCGGGAUUACAUCUCAAACUUUAUCGCUCAGCUCCUUGCUUUCCCUGCUCUUCUGUCAUCCCAAGGUGAUACUAGGUUAGGCAGAGGUCUCAUUUCAAGCGUACCUUAUUUUUGUCAUCCUGAUGACCUACAAACAACCUCCUGCCUGGUUAUGAUACAGUCCUGAAAAUGGUCAUCUGUUCAAAGUGUUUUGCACAUACUAGUUCUGUCUUCUUGGUCAAAUACUGGAAGUGCUGCGUAUGUUUGAACGGCUGGGCCUGCGUGUGAAUGUGGACUUCACCUUGAGGAAAUGUGGCUCUGACUUUUUUUAUACCCCAGUGCUUGGUCACUGAUAACCGGAAGUUAAAUCAUAAUCGUCAUCAUCAUGGUAAAUCAUGCUAAUAGGGAUAUGCUCUUAUGGAAGAACCCGCCCACAGCCCCAGUAGAGCUCCAGCGACACCCGUUAGUUGAUCAAUUAUUCACACUUUCUGCUGCUUAGGUUGGCAGUGUGGGCUGGGUCAGCAUCUUUGUGGUUUACUGAGAUUUGACAGCAUGAAAAGAACAUGCAUGUUAAGCGAACUCGAGGUAGUUUUUUGUUCGGCAAAGUGAUUCUGUAAACGGCCUUUUCUCUGCCGACUAACGGCGGCUGGUUUAGAGGAAUGUCUGCCUACUUAUUUCCCCUCGGUUUCUGUGAGAAGUGAGCUGUAAAGUUGCUGCAUGUCCCAGUGGCUGUUUGACUGUUUGUUGAUGUUUUGGAUUUAUUUGAGUAAUGCACUGAAUCCAGCCGGGCCAGUAGGUCUCAGGUCGUCACCAUGAAACCCUAAAGCAGAGGUGUUUUCACAGCCUGGGGCAUUAAAAAGGAAGACUGCAUUAAACAAAUAUUCUCAAUUUCCCUCAACUCUAACACACUACGAUGUGGCGCCGUCUCUCUCUAGCCCCUUGAAAACUAACGCUGCUAUAAAUCUAAGAGUGGCGAAGUCAUGGCCUCCUGUUGCCAUGUUGCCUGUUAAAGUAGACACAUACGGUUUCAUACUAAAAGGGGAGAUGAGACUUGCCUUUUUUUUUUUUUCUAAGGGAAAAGCUCUGAUUUUUUUCUGAUAUCAAACUGCAUACAUAAGUGAGUAAAAAAACUAAACCUGUGUGUAUGUACAAUAUAAUGACUAACAGUCCAUUUGCAUUUCUACCGACAGAAAAGCCGGUCUCCUCUCUGACAGUGUUGGAUCACUGACUGUAAGAAACAGUAACCAUAACAAGAGGAUUGACUUGAUUCACAUUCAGUGAUAUCAUUAAGAUGCAUUAAUUUAUUUACCAUGAUAACAGUGUUAUAAGCACUAAAUUGUACAGACUACUGUCACAGAAGUGAAAUAUGGAUGUGGGUUACAUUUGUGUCGUGCUUUAGCACCUCAUAGUGGUGGUGCGCAUCUGAAAAUGUGCAUGAUAGAUGACUGACGACUGAACUGCUUUUAUUACAAGUAUAUGAACUGGACAUUACAGCAGACUAAAUACUCCUGAGAGUGUUCAAAAUGUAAAGGUCAAUGAUUCAUCGUGAAAGGAUCAGCUGACAUCUCGACAGUAUUGUUUCCGUUUGGAGAUACUUUGUUUGAAAUCCAUUGCACAUUUCUUGUUUUAUGUUGACCUUAGUGCAAAAGACGAACAUGUUUUUAUUUAUGAUAUAAUUUAAGUUGUUUGCAUCUCAGUUUUCGUUUGGUUUGAUUUCAUGUUCUGUAUUAUGUUUGUGUGGUUUUGUAAAGACAUGAUCAUAGCAUCAGCUAGAUUGAAAAGUGUUAAAUGACUUUAACGACUUCAUCCUGUGAGAGGAGUGUCUGUGUGGACAAGGAUGUAUGUGUGUGAUCGGUAUGAAAGGAAAAGAAAAAAAAUCUCCCUCAAGUGUUAUUCUAUGUCCUGAAAAGCUGUGAGAAAUCUACCAAAUUUCCAUAUAGAUUUGUUUUUAAAAUCUUGGGUUUGUGAUGUGUUCCCUUGCCAUGUUUGACUUAAAGAUAGAGCACAUUUUCUCUUUGCUGCAAACAUCCAUGUUUCCCAUGUAUUUAUAGUUUGAAUGGUUGCUAAAUGGAGUGAUGCCUCGAUGGGUAACUCCUACAUGUAUUUGGCGAGCUGGUCUGCAGUACAGAACUGUGUAUCUGAAGUUUGCUGACACACAACUGUGUUUUUGACCUGUGACCAUGAUAUUUCACUGAAUCAGAGAAGAAAUCCAUCAAAAAGGGACACUUGUAUAUUUUGUAAAGUUGAAAAUUUGAUCCCCAUUAUCAAUCACAUGUAAAAAGAUAAUGUAAUGCACUCUUGUCUGGCCUUUGUUGCAUGUGAAAUAGUUUGAGUUUUGUAUAUUUAUGGUAUUAACAUGAAAUAAAAUUUGAAAGAAAUAUUUGUGGACUCUGAGAAAACUAUUCAACAGUCACAUUACUUUUAUCUUAAUCAUGUAAAGUAUCAGAUAUAUCAAAGUUUUCACGUAGUUUUGGUUUUUGAUACUUUGACAGUAACAUGGUCACAUUAAAACCUUACAUUUUACACAGAGUUGGGAUUUUAAUCAAAACAUGUCUGAAAGAAUUCAUGGUUCCUUAUUACCUGCAACAAAUAUUUGCUGGUACACAUACUGGAGAGGACUGGUUUGAGGCUGAUUCCUGUAUGGUCUACUUUUCAACACAAGGUGUCAGUGUUUUCUCAGGGAGUUUGAGUUUCACAGGAAAUAAGCAUGAAUAUGGAGCUUCUGCACAUAACAAUAACCACAGAUUUACAGUAGAAAAUCUAGUUUAUUGCAUACAAAUAACAGGCUGUACAUCCCCUCACGCACAUCAACCUCUCACACAUGCAGCAUCAGACAAUGUGCCACCAACGCUGUUACUGUUUUUGUUAAUGUAACAAAAACAAGGGACAGUAAACAUUAAGUUAAAGCACAGAAAAACUAAAAAAAUGCUUUGUACAAAACAAACAAAAAAAGAUCACUUUGUUCACUCCUCAUCCUCUCAGUCCACUCACCCUCACAGCAAACACACUACAGUUGAAUUAUUGCACAUUUUAUCUACAAGGACAACAAGCAAUCACAUGUUACAUUGAAGGCAAUGUAAAGAAGCAUGGUUGAAAAAAAAAAAAAACUAAAAUAAAUGGACUAAAUUUGUAGUAAUGUGAAAUGAAGAACCAUGUGUAAAGAGCAGUAUGAAGUGAUUUUCCAAAAGUACCAAAGCUUUUCUAUUGAUCUAAACAUAUUUAAAAAAAGGCUUUCAACAAGCUCUGAGUGUUGUAAACCUUUACAAAUCCAGGUGUGUGUGUUUCUUGCAGUAAAUCAUGAUAAGCUACAACGCAGUUUGCUUUAUCUUGCAAACAUGAAAGCUCUCCAGAGUAAAACAUCUGGCCAGUCUCUGUUCUUUUUCUGCACACACUCUGCUGCUUAAUGAGCUGCAGUAGACUCCUUAACUAUCCAUUUACCAGAAGGAACCCCAUUUAAAACUAACAACACCAUAAACAGCACAUUUCAACAGGUAGAUAGAGGGUCUGACUGUCCUGCUGUUCAGCAGAUUCCGAGCAUACGGACAUUUAGAAACAACAACUGUGAGCGGAUUUCACACUAACAUGCAAGCUGUCGUGGGCACACAUCUGUUAGUAUUCAGAGGUUUGUUGAGGUUUGCAGGUGAACCAUGUGAAUUACCAUUAUAGUGGUGUUACAAACCUUGAACACUGUUUUACUGGCAGUGUUUUACUUGUCCACAGUAACACUGAUGAAAAUGCAUCACCUAUUUUUUUACAUUUCUCCAGUGGUGUCUUUACGGUAGGAAUUAUUACAAAAAAUUAAGUAUCUUGGUUGAAAAUGCUGGAUUAGUCUGCAGGUAACUUUCCAAAGCCAGCUGCUGUACCAAUUUUUUUAGGCUUUAGCCACUUUUAAAAGAGAGCAACAUCCUGAAUACCAAAUAUCAAGCUGUUACCACAACAUUUGUUUUUAAUAGUUAGCCGAUGUUGUCCAGGCAGAACCCCAAAGUGGAUGGAUUCACUCAGAGAAAGUUUUCCCUUUAUUGAGAUUCACAGCUGUCUAUUAGGAGAAACACACAAAGAAACCCAAACAUCCCUGAGCACUCAGAGCAGACAGAUCAAACUCUUCCCCUCCUCGAUCUCCUCCUGCACCUUAUCGCUGGAAGUGGCGAUCUCAGCCUGUGCAGACAGAACAGCACACAGGAAAGUUGCCAGCGUUCCUCCUAUUGCUGCGUAGAACGCCCAGCCAAGUGAGCACAGGUGUGGCCUGAAGGGUGAGGCGUCAGGGCCGCAGUAGUUCUUCACCUUCUCUGAACCCCAACCAGCAGGGUACAGCAUGAGACCCACCAUCAGCAACAGGCCUGAAGGGAGAGAAGACACCAUGAGAUGAAGGCUUGAGUCACAAACAUCACUGCUAAAAGGGCAGACUUUUAACUUUGUGACUCAACUCUGGUGAAGAAUACAGCCAUUUUUCAGCUGACAAGCCUUUUAUUUAUGCUGAAAGGAAAGACCCCUCUUCAAUGAUUAGCUAGUUGACAGAUCUGUCCAACCAAACACAUAUGAAGGAGCCUUUUGUUGAAAGAAACCUGCACAAAGCCUGGGUUGAACCGAAGACUGGAAAAGCCAAAAGUUGCUUUCGGACUUGUAAAGUCAAAUGUUUCAACUUGUAAAGUCAACACGGAAGUUUCCUGAAGGCUGUGGAGAUGCUUUUAAAAUCCACAGACAUGUGCUGGUAUAGACAUGUUCCCACUUUAUCUCCAACAGAUCACAGAUUAGUUGUAUUAGCUGCAAUAGCAAGUGAGAUAUGAACCGUUAUUAUUGAUGAGCUGCACUGUACUCUGCGGUAUUAUAGGGAUGCGAUUUAAUAUUAACGUAACAUUAUUCUUAGCAGAGAAAAGCUCAUAAAAUUCAUUGUAGGUGUAUGACUGUAUGUUAGUGUUGUUUUACGUCUCCUUCUAACAAAACAGGCAGUCACAGCAAGAGUACAUGAGUACAUUUCUAGUAGGGCUGGGCGAUAAACCGAAAAUUUACAGAUACCAAAAUUUAUGACAAUAACCGACCCCAUUUUUCCCACGUCAAUAUAUUCGGUGUCAAAAAAAUAAAUAAUUGUUUUUGGCUGUGUGUAGGUAGGCUAUGGUCUCAUGUCCGUUUAAGACACUGUCCUACAUCAGAGACGUGACUCCAUCCCAUCUAGUCCGUAACAAAGAGGGAAAGAGGUGAGGAGAUGGAGGAUAGUUGAAAAGUUUUAACUACUGGAGCGGCGGCUGAAGUAGACAAAGUUAACGUGGGAGGGGGUGAGCAGCUUGUGGAGUAGUUAUCGUCCAUUUAUCGUUAUCGAGGUGAACUGCUCCAUAUAUCGUGAUAUUGAUUAGAGGCCAUAUUGCCCAGCCCUAAUUUCUAGGACAGGGAACAUUUGAUGUUCUCUACAAUGACAGGAAAAGUGUGUCUGAAUAAUUAGGUUUAAAAUAUUAGCAUAUUAGAUCACAGAAAAAAUCAUGCCCAAGGUUUAGUUGAGAGGCAGCUCAGGAGAGUUUUUUUCUAUCAUGGAGCUGAACUCAUUUGCUCUUCCAUGUUCUGCCAAAUCAUACAUCACCUAAUUUAUUGAUUAAAGGAAAAAUGCUUUAGAAAAUAACCAACAUAAAAGCGUGCACCAUUAAACUAACAAACACAGAGACAGAUGUCUGACCUGCGAUGGCCUGCAGCAGUCCACAGAUGUUGAAUAAACUCUUCUUCAGGAUGCUCUGGAAGCACAGGCUAAAGACGGAGAUACAAGCCACCACUCCCAGAACUAACGUCCCCGCAGCCAGAAACAACAUGGCCGCCUGCCAGAAGCCACUGGCCACCUCUCCGAAAGUCCCCGCGUAGGGUCCGCAGCUCACCCCGACUCCUCGACUCCCAAUGCGGAGGCAGCGGCUGUAGAGACCAAGUGACGGUCGGUACUCCCCAGAAUCUACACCUGCUCCACUUGCACUGGAGUCUGAGCGAGGAUGUCCAAGCAACCAAUCAGGACUCAUGAAGGCGAUGAGCUCAGCAAAGGCCACUAUGAUGCUGAGCAGUGUCCAGAGCAUGGAGCGGCAUGUUACAAUGACAUGGCACAUGGCGGUUUGUCUUUUUGGGAUGUGAAUAAUACAAGUAAAAAAAAUUUAGAAGCCUGUUUAAGCUUCUCAAGGGCCAGAGCUCAGAUAUUAGAGCGUUUAUAGAGAGUUUAAAUUCCUUUCCUUACAAAGAAAAAAGUCCACUAGGUUCCUGGUUUGGAUCCAGAUGUGCCGCUGAUCUUAUCCUCGCUGAGCAGAUGUCAACCUUUCUUCUCCUUGUUUUUCAAGCUCUGGUCAUCCCGAACAGGCUGCUACAAUGCACCAAAGCAGCUUCCCUCUGCCAUGAUGCUGUCUAUGAAGUAAACCUAUUGAAACAGAGACACAAGAGAGUCAAACACAAAACCUGUGUGAAGUCAGCAGCAACUAACGUGUACGAGAAGAAGGAAGGGGGACAGGGUAGAGGACUGAUUUCCCAUCCAGGGUGAAUCAUGAAGUUUUAAGCCUCCCACAGGGCGCUACUUCAUCUUCACUAUCAGCCAGCUGUGUGUGUGUAAACUUUGAGCAACACUUCCAGAUGUCUGUUGGAACAGUCAGGAUGAGUCACACACUUGUCUACAAGAAAAAACAGAGCUGACUGCAACUGUCAUCAUUAGGUUUGUGAUUUGCUGUGUUUGUGUUUGAUUGUAUCUAUAAAAUGGUUGGAGCCAUGUGUCUCACCUCUGAGCAGCUGUCAGCACAGAUCGCUGCAGAGCUUUGCAGCAGCAUGCCACAUUUGACAGUAACACGCACUACGACGUGCCAGACCCUCACAGCUGUGGCAAGCACACACAUGACAUCCACUGGAGCUCUCGCUCACUCUUCAGAUCACAGUCCAAGUAAAUGUAUUUAACGCAUUAGUGAACGGUUAUUGGCUUUAAUGUAGCUUUUUAUUAUAUCUGAUGCCACAUUAGAGGAUAUCAGUGUUCUUAAUAACAGAUGACAUUUUUCAAAGCAAUCUGCUAAAUCUCUGGUGACUGUAUGUGAAUGUCAGUGGAUGUGAGUCACUCUUUAAGUGUCUGAGUCAGUUACUGUGUGAAGGUCCCAAUCAGAGCCAUUGUGAGACUGUUGCUAUGUUAUGGUUUAGUUGCUGUGACCACUCUGACCUCAGCACAGCGGUGGUCCCGUGGGAGCUCUGAGGUUUCUUAGAGGGCGACUGAUGUCAUGAUCUAGUGUUAUGAUACAUCCAGGAAAAUAUUCAGAGUGUCGUCUGGAUACCAGGUUUGGCAAUCUUGGUCUUUGCAUUCCUCCAAAAAUACAGUGAGUUAUUUUUAAAGAAAUAUUUACCAUGCCCUAAAAGUUGGAGGGACUCAGAUGACCUGGUCUUCAGGGAUGGGCGAUAAGGGCAAAAACAUUUUUACCAUGGUAAGUUUUCUAACGAUAACCAUAAAAGUCCAGAUAAAAAAUAUUAGAAUUCCAAACUACAUUUUUGACUAAUUUUGUCCUGAGAACACUGGUUGGAAUAGUAAAAUAAGGUACUUAAUCACAAUUUUAAGUAGUAGGUUAUGGAGAAAACUUGUGAAAUGUGAAAACACUUUCAUCAUUUAUUGAAAACUCUAAUUGCACAGAGUGAACAGCAGCAGAUCUACUGUCCAAUGUCAGGCAUACCUGGUUGUGCUCAUCUAAGCCCUAAUCUUGAAGGAAAUCCCUCAUGUGGAGCCUCGUUUAGCAACGUGAAUUCUAAUUUAUUGCCCAUUCCUACUGGUUAUCACGUCUGAGUUGCACACACUUGGAGCUUUUUGUCUUCAUGAUGGCAAUUGAAAGUUGCAGUUAGGAACUUUUGUUUUGUAUCUAUUUUGGUGCCGCCAAAGGACACUGUAUACAUCUUAUCACUUUUCUGAUCCUGUCCUGCACAUUAAAAAUGUUUUUUUUUUUUUUCCUGAUAAACAUCGUUCUUUUACCCUAUGAAUAUUUGCAGUUAAAAUUAUUUACAGGAGAAACUUCUGGUUCUUUACAAUAUUUUAAAAAAAGGUACAUUAGCAUCAAUACUGCGUCCCGCUAAAAGGAUUUUGUAAACAUUUGUACAUAGAGUAUUGGCAAAAAUCCAUUUUCAUGCAAUCUCACUUUUGUUCAAAGUUAAAUAGAGUACAUUUGAGAAUAAGUAAACGCAACAGAUAUCCAACAACAGCAGGAAUUGAAACUGAACUAAUAUUUUUAUUGUGUCACAGACAAAGUGGCAGGCUCUAGUCUUCUUGAGAAAUGAAUUGAAGGAGGAAGUGCUAAAAAAUACAGUUCCUUCAAUGUCCACUUGUGGCUGGUGCUAAAAGCAGCAGAAACCACAUACACACCCAUUCAAGAAGUAGUCAAUGUGUGAUGUUAAUCGGACCUGUUUCAGCAGUUGUCUUGCAUGCUGUAGCAGACAGAGUCUGGUCCUACUGAUCCACAAGGAAAAUGACAGAAAAUUCAGGGCCAGGAGUUAACGUAGACAGUUGUUAUUAGUCUUUGAUAACAUUAUCUUAGGCCUCUUAAUCAUAUCAGGAAGUUGGCAGUGACCUCAGAGACUUUUGCUCUAAAUCUGCCUGUACUUUUUUGCAUGACUAAAUACCACUGGGGAAAAAGCAGAAGUAAACUGAAUGAGGUUACUGUUACUAGUCUGGUAAGGUUGUGAGAUUAAGUAUAAAUCAGACUUAAGCUUGGUGUAAGAAAUUCCCAACAUCUAUAUAUAAAAUGGGAAGACAGCUUGUUGAUCUUAUACAACGAGCCCUUUUAUCAUGCUACGUCUCUAAUUCCUGCUGAAUGUGUCAUUUAGUUGGUGAUGACAUGUUAAACCCACAAACAUUUAUUAAGAGUCAUAAGUCACUCUGAUGUCCCAAGGGGAAUGAAUGUGGUAUUUGGUCAUAACCUUCCCGCCAGCCUCCUUUUGGGAUGCUAAAUCAUCCCACCACAUCUGCAGGGAAUGUAUACUGAUAUGAUCCGAGUCGGUUCAACACAGUGCAGCUGUUUCCCAAGCUACAAAAUAAGAGCAUUAUCUCAUGCAGCUAAAAAGGCUGACUGAUUCAUAAAAAGUACAAGCAGAACUGGGUCACAUAACAAAACCAUGAGCAUGACAACAUCAGAGGAGUGGGUAUGAUGAGGGUGUGAUUCAGUUCAGCGGUAUUUGGCUUUGUUUGCGCUUCACAGUCUUGUUCUCAGGUAGCUCUGCUGAUGCUAUGAUCCAUCUGAAUGACUGUGCUUUGUCUUGAGCUUGACAGUGAUGCCUAUCUGUAACAUUCCCAAGUCCAUCUGACUCCAUUAACUUUGCCUGAGCAGGAUUUGAGGGGACCCUUUAUUCUCUUUCUACAAUUUUCAAUCCUAAUUACAGAUUACAGAUCUCUAGGCCAAAACACACUGUCUACAUAUAAUUACACAGCUUGAAGAUGAGCUUCGACUGCGCUGACUGAAAAUAUAGACACGGGAUAAAGCAGCGAUGUUACCAUUCAUUGUCAGCCAAAAAGGAAAUAGCAGAAAUAAACAGGAAACAAACAGGAAGGAUUGGUGUCUGUGAAACAGCUUCUGAAGCAGUCAUGCACUGUGAUGAUUAGCCUGCCUAUCUGGACUCAAUCUAAACCGUCACACAUAUUUCUGUAAACGUAUCAACAUGUUUAAGUUUAUGAUUCUACCCCAAGGAAGAGUUUUGAAGAAGCUGAGGGUAAUAAAGUGAAGGUUGCACACUUCAAAUCAACAGUUUCAUGCUCAAGUACUCACUCAGCCUGACUCAACAUUCAGACUGUGUUUUAGCCCUAUUUAUAGCAAUCUGCAUUCUGGGUAAGUAUACAUGUGUAAUUGUAGAUGAGUUAAGCAUUAAUCUUUGUAUGUCCGUGUUUGCUUGCUUAGUUCGAACCACCCAGGCUACACUCUUGGUUACUCUGUUUUAGUCUUAUAUUGUCAGCUGAUUACAGUCCACCCAGGCUGAGCACACUCCUGUCAGCUAAGACUACAAUACCCUCAAAUUAGCAGCUCUUCUCUUUAAACCACAGGGAUGGAGUCUAAACAUACCUUGUCGAUGCGGUAAAGAGGCACCUUGUGUGAUCUCUGCCAGCUCUUACUGGAAAUCUUCUCAUUCAAAGCUCAUCAUGGCUCAGUCUCUUCUCCUUUUGAGGAAGAUAAAACCUGAACAAGACUUUUUCUUAUAAGAAGAGUGUUUUGAGGAAGUGGGCAGUGGCUCUUUCUGUCGUUCUCUUUCAUUCUGACUUUCUAUUAUGGCAAAAGUGUAAAACCCCCACACAAGGAGCUCUAAAAUUAGACUAUCAUAAGACUGAGUGUGUUUCUGUAAGAAGGCUGUUUUGGCCUAUCAAAUCACUUUAAAGUCCCACUCUGAUUGUUUUAGAAUUAUUAUUAUUUAAAGUGUUGUCAGGGGUCUUUUAAUUGUGAUCAUAAAUUUUUUUGCGAAAAUCAGGUUAUCCGUGUCAUUUUUAGGGGCUUUUUUUCUCCAGAGCUCCAGCAGUUCAUUGGCAAUUCGCCUCUGAGUCAUGGGCAGAGACAGCGCUGCUCUUCACGCUCCUCUUCACACUAGCUUGCAGCCUAAUAUUGCCGGUGUAGUAGAUCUUUGGGGGCAUGAUGAAAGUUAAUGUCAUUAUUUGCUUUCUUACGAACAUUGCGAUCCGCUAACACCCACGCUUGUUCCACGAUCAUUCUCUCUACUUCUCUGAGUCUGGCCUGCAUAGCGGAAUUCCGGGGGCGGGGCUUGCAGUUGUGACGUAAGAAAUCUCACUGUGUCUGAACCUGCUAUUUGGAUCUGUGAGAGAUUCACAGAGAUUUGAAUUACUCAGAAAUGCAAUGUCACACUUAUUUUUCUCUUGAUAUGUCCUGUAGCAUCAGAAAAAUGCCAUAUCAACAUGUAGACAACAAGAAAAACGUGAUUUUCAUUGGAGUGGGUCUUUAAAGAGAAUAUUAAUCUCUAAAGAUGUUUAUGUAUUUGUAGGUCCAGAGAGAGAUACCAAUAUUUAUUUCUGUCUGUUUAGUUACUGGUUUAAAACUGCUCAUGGUAGUUUUAAGGUAGAAUUGUGCUUCAACUGUUACUCACUGUAAAGCACUCUUUUUUUCAGGGACUCAAACACCUCCACCACAAAAAUCCCAACAGCAAAACCACACAUCUACCAUAAACCUGUUUAUCAACAAGCAAACUUUAUAGUCAGAGCAGACCAAAUACUGAAUAUACUGUCUUUGUCUAUGAACAUGUGAGGGUGGCUGUACGUGCUAUGGUGUAGAAAGGUCACUACAUCCUGAAACUGAUUAAUACUUUCCGCCUGUUUGCUGCUUUUUGAACAGACUUCUGGGAAAGUGCUUGAGCAGCACUUCCUCGGUAAGGUCAAGCUUCUCUGUGUGUUUAUGUGAGUACUGAAGGAGGAGUAUUUUACACUUCACGGCUCAGGAGACACUCAGAGUUAUGACUUAUUCAUAACCCUGCAAUCCAGGAUGGAGGUUAGAGGUCUCUGCCUCCCAGUUGCUUUUAAUAGAUAUGUAUCUUCCUCAAACUGUCAGAUCUUUGUUACUGCUGCUCUCUGUGUGCCUGUGGAGUAGACUGUCAAAGAUAUGCAUCAUCACCAACACCGCCACAUCACGGGGUCUUUGGCUUCUUUCAUGAGUCCUGCAUGACACCGAGUUUGACUGAUGAUACAUUAGAUAUGCUGCGAGAUGAAAGCAGUUAUUCUUCCAGCUGAUCUGGACCCACUUAUUCCCCCCUGAUAGAAACUCAGCCUGCCACACAGGGUUACAUGCAUGCAGUGAGAACCUGAGGCCAACACAUACAUUUCUAACCCUUCAUUCAGCAAGCCAACAUGAACAGUCUCCAUGCUGCUAUGAGACAAACUUCAGUUAAUGGAAUUUACAGAAAAUACAACCCGCGGGCUGCGAGCCAGCCAUGUGGAUUGCAUGUUUGGCUGUUAAAACCUGUUGGCUAAGCAGCCCCCAAGCUCAAUAAAAACUUUGACUAAUAAAGCCAAACAUCAGAUUGAGCUGAGACCUUUCGCUGCUUUAGACAAAGCAGUGAAAAUGAGCUAUAUGUGGGUCAGUCAGUUGGCUGUUAGAUAGAGGAGGUGGCCGGGCUGUAAAUCUGGAGUAAUUGCUCUGAGAUAUCAGCAAAGGGCUCUGGUAGCAUGCCAAGGUGCUGAGGUAAUGAGUCCUGACCACUGAAGUCUGUUGUAGAGGGUGAAAGUGAAUGAGGACUGAAGGUGGGUGGUUGAGAGAUCCAAAACUCAGCUGACCCAGAUUGUUCUACAAAGAAGUUAGACACAGACAGCAGAGUUUGCAAGAAACGAUUCCAUUCAUGGAUAUGGAUUGAAAUAUUGUGAGAGACAAUUGAAAGACUUCUGCUCCUUUUCAUAUAUGAACUGCACUUCUGACAACGUCUCAGUGUCACCAGGUGUGCUGAAGCAUAUAUUCAGCUCAGUUCAGACAACUUUUUUAAUCCCAAGGGGGGCAACUUGGUUUAGCAGUCAUCUCAGACUACACAUACAUCUACAACAACAUUGGACAGGUACAUGUCAACAAAUAAUCAAAUUAAAUGUGCAGAUUAGCUGACCCUUACUGCUAACAUAAUUUUUUGGAAACUUUUUGAACCACAAUACAAGCAUGCAAGAGCCGGCUAGCGGAAGCCAUGCUGAUUUCAUUUACAUAGACACAUGCUGGUGUGACAUCACCCAAAAAGUAAAAUUUAAAAAAGUAUUUAUGAAGAUAAAGAAUUGGUCAUGGGUAUCUUUUUCGGCUUUUAACCAUGAAAACACUAACAACUGCAUAUCAUGCUGCAACAUACUGUGCCUGACUGCUUGGUGGAAAUGCAGUUUAAAAAAAGGAAUCCCCCUCAUCCUCGCUCACCAAACAGAUGAUUUUUAGUCACAGUAAGUCCAACAAGGACAAUCCCCCACUGGGUGGUACAUGUGUAAUGAAAAAGUCUGGGAAAUGUGAGGAUCUCAAGAAUAAAAACCAUCUGUACAAGGUCCGAAUGUCAUAUGUAAAGGUAUUUACGAUAAGUAAAACUCUCCUCCAAUUUAUGAGGGGACUUGAACAGGUGGAUCAUCCAUCUGAAUCAGAUGACUUCCCCUGUUGAUUUGGGUUGGGAGGACUUUUUCCACUUACAUAUCCAUAAUCAGAAACCUCAAACCAAGGCAAUCUGUUCCUCAAGCUGCAGAGCCAACUCUGCUCAGCUCUGGCCAUGCAUCUGGACCAGCUAGUUGGAAGGCCCUGAAACCAAAAACCACAAAGAGGCACCAUCUUUAAGGCCAUACACACAGCUACCCAAACAAGAUGUGGACAAUCAUAGGCUACUGAUGACACUCUAACUUCCCUCUGAGUGUUUCCAAGAAUCAGGAAAAUAAGAAACCCCUAGAGAUAUGAAACUUGUAUGAUAACCGUCGGGGUUGGGCAGGACCAAACAUAUCCCUCAUUCAUAAAAGAAUGCAAGCAUUGGAGCUCUUGGGGAGUGAGGGAGAAUGAAGCAAUGUAGUUUGAGUGAUGAACAUGAUGAACACGCCAUCAAAACACCGUAACAUAUUACACCCUCAACUCUCAAGAUCCCAAUCACUUUUGAUUUGAUUUUAAAGGAGAGGCUUCAUUGUCGGUGUUUAUUCAAGACUCUGUUGACGCAGGCACAGUGAUGUCAGAACAGAGGGCAAGCCGUAACAUCAACCGAGUAAAGAGACACCAAUUACCCCGCAGCAAUAACUCGUAAAUCUUCAGCACAGCUCAUUUUUAUUCACUGAGCAACAGCUAAGAUCUACACCCCGCUCUUUUUGCCCCCAAGCAGAAUGAAAAGGCAGAUUUGAGAACAUGUGAAACCCAAACCAUGUUUACCCUCUGAGGUGAUGCGAGAACAAAGCCUUCGAGACAAAAAAGGUAUGAGAAAACUUGAACAAAGCACUAAUGACUUGUACAAAAUGCCACUUUUUGUAUGUCACACUGAAACAGCUAGCCUCAGGGAGGCCAAUUUCAAAUUUCCACCUGCUUUCACAGCAUGCUUCAUGCCUUUGACAGAAGAGAGGGUAAAAGUGUGAGUCAUGCAAACACACUCAGAGAACAAGCACAAAGACGAGUUUAGUUUCUUUGGUUUACAUGAAGGUUUCUCAACCGUCACAGAUGUUACCAAACAAACCAAGCCUCUGUCUUCAAUAACUGUCUUCCCAACCAUUACCACGUGAGACACUGCUUGUGUAGCCCCCCAUAAACAGUGAAUGAAAGAGUUACAAACUGAGAGAAAGUUUCCCAUGGAUCGGCACUUACCACAACUCGCGUCUUGUAACUCAAGCCAAUGAAGAUGGUCGUCUUCAGAAGCAAGUUUAGUGCCCCAAAGUAAUUUCAGAUUUAUUUUACAGACCCAAAUUAGGCACAUAAAAAUAACUCAAGCAGUAAAAAGCAAUUAUAAUGAAUUCCCUGACUGCAAAGUGAAGAAAUGUCUGCAAGGUCUAGCUUUCAAAUACAACGUGGGGGGCUGAGGUUUCAAAGACAAUAGGAGGCCUCAAAAAUGUAAACAGAAAGUCAAGAUCCAGUAGCCCUCCAACAGUGAAGUAGAAACAACACUUUGCUGAUGCACAAAGAAAAAAUAAUUAAAAAACACCCAAAAGCCAUGAAAGGUGCCAGCCUGUGCUCAGUCGUCUAUGAAAUAACUGCAUCAAAACGCAUGACUUCCCCAGAGAAAAGUAUCAGCCAAGCUCAUUUGUGUGCAUGUGUUUGUGUGUGCGCCAAGAAAAAGGCCUGAAUAAGUACCGGCCCUCUUCAUCUGGUGUGACUCAACUCAACAAAGGCUGCACAAAGACCUGCCGACAGUGGCCCCCUUCACUCACUCUUUAGCUCUCAAAGACAUGCCACCGUUAGCCCAGAAUUCACUCACCCUCAUUCUCCAAGACAGGCCGCUGUGGCCCCUAACCUAUUCAGUCUGUGCAGCACCCCCGGCCCCUCACUCCCCAUGCUGACUCUAAGGUGGCCCCACAGCUUCUGACGCACAAAGCCCCUCAGUGACCCUCACAUUUCACUUGCACAAAGACAGGAAUGACACGGCCUCGCUCUGCUCCCUCCUCACUCCUUGGGCUGUCUCAUUUGUUUCUGCAAAGAUGAUGGAUGCACAAACAAACCUCUCCUGCUCUUUUCCUUCUAAACAAAUCCACACUCCCUCCUUUACAGUGAUUUUAGAGGGACCACACAGAUUUUUAUUCUACUUUGGAUACUGCAUUAGUUCUGAGACUACUUGGGCCUUUUUAACUAUACAGCCACCAUCCAUCCACAAUCUUUACUUCUUGCAUUCAGGGUCGUAGAGGGUAAGGGGCCUAUUCUAGCUGCCUGUCAUUUAGCAAGAGGCCAACUACUGUUUUGUUAAUUGCUUUAAAGUUCAAUUUUUUUCAGUUUUUUUUGCAGGCAUUUUUUGUUUUUUAUUGGUAGGACAGCUGGAGAAACACAAGAAAUGUGGGGAGGAGAAAGUGAGUGAUGACAAGCAGCAAAGGGUUGUGGACAGGCGUCAACCCAGCAGCCACUUUAAGGAGGAUCGUCCCCCCCACCUCAUUACAUGAAGUGUGUGCUUUAACUGCUAGGUCAGCGAGCACCUCAUUAUUUAGAAAAUCUUGUAAAUGCUCCUCUUUUCUAAGAUGACAGUCAGUUUCUAUCUGCACUGCAUAAUAUAAAAUCACAAGUUGAGUACAUUUAACUGCAAAUAAAUAAAUGAAUACAGGGAAAUAGAGGAUUUCUUUCUUUUAAGUGGCAUUUUGUUGAUUUUAACAUCAUAAGAUUAAUUGAUAGGGUGUUUGUUUGGCCUGGCAGUCAAGCUAAGCACACUCAUCACAAAAUCACUCUUUGCUAUCACCUCCACAUAGCUCUGAUGCAACAAGUUUGCGCUUGCUAUUUGGAGGUUGUCUAAACUAGGCAGAGGAGACAGGUUAGGGCAAUCGUACCAAAACUUAUCCAAGCACAACCCGUUUAUGAAAUCAGUGCUAAAAUCUGCUGAACAUUAAAAAACUGCUGGUUUGUAACUCUGAAAGUUUAUAUGGUGGUGAUUCCCUCCUCUCAGCACCAGUCUACGGUUUGUCCUUGACCUCUGUGAGAAUAAACACUGA